AUGAAUACUCCAAUCCUUGAUCCAAACACAACCCCUCUAUCUGUGAACCCCAGUGGAGCUCCAACAAACUUCAUUGACCCUCCCACUCAGGCUCCAACAGUUCUUGGGACGGAGACAGUUCGCGUCCCAAAUCCUGAUAUCGCCGGUCAAGUUUGCCAUCACAUCAGCAUCAUCAUUGUUUAUAAACGCAUUUUUGGUGUUUUCAAAUGGGUUCGCAUUGUUUCCUACGGUCUUUAUAUAUUCCUCUUCUUGAUACAGGUCCAAAAUAUUGGAAUCGCCAGAUAUUGGUACACUCCUAGAAAAGGUGAUGCCAACAAUAUCCAAGCUGCGCUUUUGAGGACCGAGAAAACUGCAUCUUCAGCUAUCGCCAAUGCUGUCUGUUCCACCAUAGUUGACAUCGUGCUGUUCCUCGUUCCCAUGGCUGUUGUACCUACCUUAAAUAUGUCUCCCCAAAAAAGGAGAGCCAUCUAUGGGGUCUUUUGUUUUGAAGCUCUGAUUAUCAUUGCGGAUUGUGUUGGCAUGGCUUAUAAAACGUACGGCGAUCUUGGAGAACACGGAGAUCCUUUCUGGGUUGGCAUGAUUGCUAUCAUUACUGUAUAUGCUGAAACGUUUGCCCUUGUCAUCAUUAGCUGUAUACCUGCCCUCUCCACGUUCUAUAUCGGCACAGUCAUCAAAAGCCGCUUCUACUCAACACUACAGUAUGGAAUUUUACAUCGACUGAGAAGGUCCGUGGCGUCCAACAUCCCGUCAUCAGGUCUCGAGCAACCAAAUUCCAUGCAUUCAACUAGAUCAUUGGUUGGAAGCGGCAAGAAUGUUGCCACUAUCGAAAUGCCCGAGCUCAAAUCAAAGAAGCCAUCUCAAGCUUCCUCAUACUCAACAUUAGGGAACCAGGAGUCUGGGCAAGCCCAUCGGUCGUCCUGA